AUGGCCUUAAGCCAGCAACCCCAGCUCGACAGCCUGCAGCCACCCGCGUCGCAGCGGCAGUCCAUUUCCAACGAAACGAGUCAAGGGUAUCCAGGCGAUGGACCCUAUGGAAGUUAUGGGCUACAAACGGCGCAAGCGCAACAGGACCCAGGAUGGAUACAGCGGGUGCUGGAGGAAAUGAAAGACAUGCUUUUGCUUCUCAACGCCCAAGGUCGCAUCACCUAUGCGUCGCCGUCGGCGAAGCAGAUCACAGGCCGAUCCCCCAAACAACUUGAAGGGAGUCCGAUCACACAAUAUAUUCACGAUGAAGACCAGCCUGUCUUCAACCGUGACAUGGAUGACGCAGUCGCUACGAACCGUCCCUUUCGUACCCAUGUUCGAUUCCAGAAACUCAACAGCGCCUUCUGCCUUGUCGAAAUCUACGGGCACCCGCAUAUUGCGAAUGCGAAUGCGUUGCAGGAACGGAAUAAGACUCCACAGGAUCUAUGUACUGGAUUUUUCCUCAUGUGUCGGCCUUAUCCCUCGAAGAUCUCUCAGCUCCUCGAUUCGUUCCUCGAACAUAAGAUUGAGAACGCACGACUAGUGCAACAGAUUGCCAAGCUUAACCAAGAAGAAGAGGAGGAAGCAAACAUGGCCCGCGUCGCAUACGGCAAGGCGGAUGGUGACCAGCCACUAAUAGAUAACGCCACCGGACAGAUCAUCCUGAGCGACCAGGAAUCGAGUGAGACCGCUGCUGCGCAGUCCGAAGAUUCUGACCCCAGCGACGGGGCAGAGUUCUUUGAGAAAGCACCGAAGCCAGAGGGUCUGUCGCAUAUCGAUGGCAUUGAAGUCAUGACAGGUCUAUUCUAUGGUGACGGCGAGCGGUCACAGGGUCUUAGUACUGGUAUGCGACGUGGUCGACUAGUCCACUGUGAUAUCGAUAUCACCACGGCCGCAGAUCAAGCCCGAAAUGUGCAAGAGGGGGACAGACGCAAGCGACUUAAGGGGCAGCAUGUCUGCACUGAUUGUGGAACCGCUGACUCGCCUGAAUGGCGGAAAGGGCCCAGUGGGCCCAAGACUUUAUGCAAUGCCUGUGGCUUGCGCUGGUCCAAGAAGGAGAAAAAGCGCCAGGAGUAUAAUUAA